AUGACCGAAGAUAUUAUAAUGACGAGACAUUUAAAUGGUACUGCCACCAACGCCAACAUUACGACAGAGACAACAAUGGAAAAGAGAAAAGAACCUAUAGAAGAGCUUAUUCCCGCCGAACCAACUGACGAAGUACACCACGACCAAGGCUCCGACGGAAAGAAGAAAGAGAAAACAAGAAUGAUGAUAACCCUAAAGAUCAAACACCGGGAUGUUGCCAUAAUCGUGAUUAUGAUUACGCGUUCCCCCCAGAGGUCAUCGAUCAUCAUAGAUUCCAAGAGAACCAGUCAAAAAGUGUAUCCUUUGCUUAUGUUUCUGGAUAGACAUCAAGGUAGUGGAACAUCGUCAAUAAUUGAAGAGGAGGAUGGUGGAUUUCCAAACUCAGUAACACCUAAAGCUAGCGACCUAAUGCUUGAAAGCCUUCGUCUUUAUAAAAGUGAGGAUGAGUUCGAUUCAAUCGAUCUAGGAGAACCCACCUGCAAUGGCAUGACAGCUUUGAUGUGA